CCUCCGGGGGCGGGGCCCGGGCCGGCCGCGCGGCGGCGCGCCCUGCAGCCCCGGAGCGAGCGAGCGGCGAGCGCAGGCCGAGCGCGCCCGUCCCGUCGCGCGCGAUGCUGCCCUGGACGGCGCUCAGCCUGGCCCUGAGCCUGAGGCUGGCGCUGGCGCGGAGCGGCGCGGAGCGUGGCCCCCCAGCAUCUGCCCCCCAGGGGGACCUGCUGUUUCUGUUGGACAGCUCGGCCAGUGUGUCUCACUAUGAGUUUUCCCGAGUUCGGGAGUUUUUGGGGCAGCUGGCAGCCCCACUGCCCCUGGGCCCUGAGGCCCUGCGUGCCAGCCUGGUGCAUGUGGGCAGCUGGCCGCACACCGAGUUCCCCUUCAACCAGCACAGCUCAGGCGCGGCUGUCCAGGAUGCCAUCCGUGCUGCAACCCAGCGCAUGGGCGACACCAACACUGGCCUGGCACUGGCAUACGCCAAGGAGCAGCUAUUUGCCGAAGAGGCCGGUGCCCGGCCCGGGGUGCCCAAGGUGCUGGUGUGGGUAACAGACGGCGGCUCCAGCGACCCCAUGGGGCCCCCCAUGCAGGAGCUGAAGGACCUGGGUGUUACCAUCUUCAUUGUCAGCACUGGCCGUGGCAACCUCCUGGAGCUGUCAGCCGCUGCCUCGGCCCCCGCUGAGAAGCACCUGCACUUUGUUGAUGUGGACGACCUGCACAUCAUUGCCCAGGAGCUGAGGGGCUCCAUUCUUGAUGCCAUGCAGCCGCAGCACCUCCACGCCUCUGAGGUCACGUCCAGCGGCUUCCGCCUGGCCUGGCCGCCCCUGCUGACCGCUGACUCGGGCUACUAUGUGUUGGAGCUGGCGCCCAGCGCCAAGCCGGUGACUGCGCGCCGCCAGCAGCUGCCUGGGAACACCACCGGCUGGGCCUGGACUGGCCUCGACCCCGACACGGACUACGACGUGGCGCUGGUGCCCGAGUCCAACGUGCGCCUCGUGAGGCCGCAGCACCUGCGGGUGCGCACACUGCCGGAGGAGGCCGGGCCGGAGCGCAUCGUCAUCUCGCACGCCCGGCCGCGCAGCCUGCGGGUGAGCUGGGCCCCGGCGCUGGGCCCGGCCGCCGCGCUCGGCUACCACGUGCAGUUUGGGCCGCUGCGGGGCGGCGCGGCGCAGCGCGUGGAGGUGCCCGCGGGACGCAACAGCACCACGCUGCAGGGCCUGGCGCCCGGCACCGCCUACCUGGUGACCGUGACGGCGGCCUUCCGCUCCGGCCGCGAGAGGGCGCUGUCGGCCAAGGCCUGCACGCCCGACGGCGAGCGCAGCCGCGCCCCGCGCCCCCCGCCGCCGGGAUCCGGGGGCCGCGAGCCGUGAGCCGGCCGCCCCCGCCCACCCGAGGGCCCCCUUCUCCCGAGCCCGCUGCCGAAACCCAGGUCUUGCCCGGGGGGUGGGGGUGCUGGCCGAGCCUGACGCCCUAGUCCUCCUCCGCGGCCGGAGGGCUCCCUGCUCGGGCGUCUGCCAUCCAGGCGGGCCUCGCCUAACUCCCGGCCGGACCCUCCGCUGCAGCCCUGGCAGCAGCGCGUGCCGUCUCGACCCCUCCCCUGCCUGGCCCAGAGCUGGGCACUCGGUGGUAUCUUUUGGGCAGGAUUCAGUGGGAGAUGGACAGGAAGUCUAGGGGGCGGGUUGAGAACAUAAGCCCCAGGACUGGCCCUGGGCCCAGGAGCGGAGAAAGGCCCUUAUGUGAAAGGCCAGUCGCUCUGGUGGCAACGGCUGGCAUUGGUUCGAGGGAGCGUGGUCCGGCUGGACGCUGAGUCCCCAUGGCCACUUAAGUCGUGGAUGCCGAUAGAAGGUGGAUGAGGAAGGGGAGGAGCUGGCUCUGGCCAGGUCCCUAAGGCUUCCUGGAGGGGAGAGGAUUUGGGAAAGGGCAGGGAGGAGUGCUGGGAGGUUGAUGGUGUGGUCAGUGGCUGAGUGGGUGGAAAGGCAGUCUUCCUGCCCAGGACUCUGAUGGGGCCAGCUACAGCCACCUGGGAUGCAGAUGACACCUUUGGGAGGAACGGGACCAGAGCCUGGCAUUCAGGACCCUGGAGACAGGAGAGCUCCUUGCCCCUGCUGGGCCCUAAGGCCAGCACUGGCAGAGAGACUUGCCUGCUUCUGGGGUGGGGGGAGGGCAACAAACAAGGUUCUCCUGGGUGAGUUCACCCCAGCGAUUCUCUGCAGCAUCUUCUGAUCCCACCUUCUGUCACUACUGACUAUCCUGGGGCCACCAGACAAGUCCCAAGGGCAUGCAGCACUGCUGCCCCUCAGCCCCACCAGGCACGUCCACCUCUGCCUGCACCAGCUCAGUGCUCACUUUGCCCCCUCCCCACUAACAUCCCAGACUUUACAAUACAGUAAAUCAGAUGUAAGCUGA